ACAAAAAACACUUUAGUACUUAUCUUAGUAUAGGGCUCUCCUUUAUAGUUUAGCCCCAUUAAAAUGUCAAGCCUUCUCUUCAUAUUUGUUCUUUUUGUCACACUACUUCUAACCCCACUACUUGUUUCUUCAAUCCAAGAUCCAGAGCUUGUGGUACAAGAAGUUCAUAGGAGCAUCAAUGCUUCAUUGACAAGGAGGAACUUGGGCUAUUUGUCGUGUGGAACAGGAAAUCCGAUUGAUGAUUGUUGGCGUUGUGACCCCAAUUGGGAGAAAAAUCGCCAGCGUUUAGCUGAUUGUGCCAUUGGCUUUGGAAAGAAUGCUAUUGGAGGAAGAAAUGGAAGAAUUUACGUGGUCACUGACUCAGGAAACGAUGACCCAGUCAACCCCAGGCCCGGAACCCUUAGACAUGCGGUUAUACAAGAUGAGCCUUUGUGGAUCAUUUUCAAAAGAGACAUGGUCAUUCAGCUCAAGCAAGAACUUGUCAUGAACUCUUUCAAGACCAUAGACGGUCGAGGCACCAGCGUUCACAUAUCAGGUGGUCCUUGCAUUACAAUCCAUUACAGCACGAACAUUAUUAUACACGGGAUUAAUAUACACGACUGCAAGCAGAGUGGUAACGGCAACAUUAGGGACUCACCGCACCAUUCCGGAUGGUGGGAUGUUUCCGACGGAGACGGCAUUUCAAUUUUCGGAGGAAAGAAUAUUUGGGUAGAUCAUUGCUCCUUGUCAAAUUGCCACGACGGUCUAAUUGAUGCAAUUCAUGGAUCCACAGCAAUUACCAUUUCUAACAACUACUUUACUCAUCAUGAUAAGGUCAUGUUAUUGGGGCAUAGUGAUUCUUUUACGCAGGACAAAGGCAUGCAAGUUACAGUUGCCUUUAAUCAUUUUGGUGAAGGGUUGGUGCAGAGAAUGCCGAGGUGUAGACAUGGUUAUUUCCAUGUGGUGAACAAUGACUACACCCACUGGGAAAUGUAUGCCAUUGGUGGUAGUGCUGCCCCUACUAUUAAUAGUCAAGGCAACAGGUUUCUUGCUCCCAAUCAGAAAUUCAACAAAGAGGUGACAAAGCAUGAGGAUGCACCAGAAAGUGAGUGGAGAAGCUGGAACUGGAGGUCAGAAGGUGACUUGAUGUUAAAUGGUGCCUAUUUCAGGCAAACAGGUGCAGGUGCAUCAUCUUCUACUUAUGCUAGGGCAUCAAGCUUAAGUGCAAGGCCUUCUACCUUGGUUGGAUCCAUGACCACAAGCGCCGGUCCUCUCAACUGCAAAAUAAGUUCUCGCUGCUAGUCAGAGACGGAACUAAAAUUUUCAAAAUAUUUGGCCAAGCUGCCACUACAAUUAUUUUAAAAGAGGGAGUCGUAAUUACUAGAUGAUGAUAGUGAAAGUAGUGGUAUUACUAAGCUGAAAGUGGUACGGAGUGUCAAAAUAUGGAGUACCCUUUUGCAAACUAUAUUUCAUCGUUUUUUUUUAUCAUGAAUUUUCCAAGGACAAACUAUUAAGUAUUAACCUAUGUAAGUUUGUUCUUGAUAACUCUACCAAUAGAGUGGUUAUCUUUGUUUCCCCCUAAUAUGUUAGUUGAAACAGCAACUAAGUGUUCACUCGUAA